AUGGCGUCCUCUGGAAAUCCAAUUUGGAAUUAUUUUCGUCGCAACGAAAGCACAGCAACAUGUAUUGUCUGUAUGAAGGAGUUGAGCUUGGGCAGCUCACAGCCCAAAAAUCAGACAGUGUCCAGUAUUAAAAAACACUUGGAAAAGGUACAUCCCAGUGAGUAUGCAGCAUUCCAUACAUUGGAACAGGAGUAUGUACAGAACAAAAGUCAAAAUGUCAAUUUGAAGCGGAGGGCAAAACGAAAAAGGCUAAAAGAACGUAAGGAGGCCCUAGAAGGACCCAGGGAAAAGAAGAAACCAGGACGUAAACCAAAAAUCGAGAAAUACUCUGAAACAGAGGAUAUGGAACAAAACAAUGCCGAUACCAUAGAAAUAAUUGUGCAUGAUCCGUUGGAAGAGAGUGAGCUACCUUCGAGCAUCAAAGUUGGAAAAUCCGAGGAGGAUUUGUCAACAUCAGCUCUAGAAUUCAAGAGGCAUUCAGUUCGACCCAGUGACUCGGCUCUGAACAAACGCAUCGAUAAAUCCAUAUUAGAUCUGCUGGUGGUAGAUAUGCUACCAUUUAGUACUGUUGAAGGAGAAGCUUUUAAACGCCUGAAUAUUGGUGAUCCCUGUCGAUCGACGAAAUAUAUUCCAAAAUCCCAGCGGUACUAUAGGAACACGUUAAUGCCAGAAACCUAUGCUGAUGUAAAGAAAAAGGUAAUCACUUCCUUGGAACAAGCAGAAUGGGUAACUCUUGCCACAACAGACUGGAUAGAUUCAUCAAAAACGUAUCACAUUCAAGUAGUGUCCGGCCACUUUCUGUAUGACAACCAAAAGCAUAUGGUAGUAUUACACAUGAGCCCACAAACCACUAGCAGCCCCAAAGCAAAUCUUCUAGACUUGAGUCGACAAUUCAAUAUUCUUGACAAAGUCCAUGUGAAUGUAACGAAUGCUGGAGAUGAUCAAACCAUCAUUGAAUGGUUUAAUGUAGUGCAGUGUUCAGCUUUUCUGCUGGAAAAGGUCAUUAGAGAGUCUAUUUUAUUGGGGGACAAUAUCGAAAUACUUAAGAGGAAAUGUCUGAGCAUUGCUGACCAUUUCGACAAUUGCCCGCAGUCAAUGAUAAAUCUACACGAAUGCCAAGAAAUAUGUGGCUUGGCUGAACAAACACUGCUUCUGGACACCCAUGAUAGUUGGACUUCAACAUUCCUAAUGUGGCAAAGAAUCUACGAACAAAAACCCGCCCUUGAGUUGUACACACAGCAGUACGGUGAUCUAAAAAUUCCCUCAGAUUAUGAAUGGCAACAAAUUGAAUAUUUAAAUUCGAUUCUGAAAAUACUCUACCAAGCCUGGUUGGAUAUUAAUUCGGAUGCAGCUUGCGCAUCCUUGGUCAUACCUUUGCUGACAAUGUUAAAUGCCAAGUUUGAACCAAAAACUCACGAUCCCCCCGAGCUAGCUUUCAUGAAGCAGAAACUCAAACAACAUUUAAAUGUAAAUUUUGCCUUUAUUCAUCAGACAUCGUUUCUGAUAAUUGCCACCCUUCUGGACCCACGUUUCAAGAUGCGUUAUUUAACCGAGAACCAAUUGGCAUCGUGUCACUCUGAAAUGAAACAUAACCUGCGUAUAUCGCUGAACUUGCAAGAUGAAGAAACCAGCAUUAAUCCUUCCUUCAAUACCCUGCCACCCACAAAUAACUACAAAUUUUAUAAUACAUCCGAUCUUUGGGAAGACCACGACAGUUCCACAAUAAUAGCGAAUAACAACAGCAGUGAGCAUAUUUUUCUGGCCUUCGAACAACAGCUUAGUUUCUAUCUGAAAGAGCCGUUGAUAGCAAGAAAUGGGAAUAUUUAUCAAUAUUGGAACUUGACGCCCUAUGAAUAUUUACGUAAACUGGCCUAUAAAUACUUGACAGCACCACCCACUAGUCUUUGUGCCAACGAAACGAUUAGCAGUGUGGCCACGUUAUAUGUGGAACGAAGGCUGGCUACGCUACAAAAUGAUGAUGAAGAUGAUAAGUUGUUGUUUAUGUCUUGCAAUAUAAAGUUAUUCAAUUUUGAAUAUUAA